UGCGCUCGCAAUCGCAUCGCUCUCCAGUUCCAGUCUGACGCUCGCUCGAACUUCCCAGUUCCGACGCCUCUUGCCGCUCUCAUCCCAUUCCUCUCUUCCGUUGCCUCCCGAUCGAUCUCUUCCGAGCCCUGAUGGGUGACCAGAUCAAGCAUCAGCUGUGAUGAUUUGCCUUCGUCGAAUCCGAUUCCAGUCCGACCGCAGACCGAGAGCAUGCUCCCACAAUCUUCUCCUCUCCGCCCCCUCCCUCGCCUCACCUUGUUCUCCUCGCGCCGCCUCCUAAGCCACCAUCGCCACCCUGUCCUCGUCGUCAUACGCUCUGAAGGAGGCGGCGGCGGCCGCGGCGGCGGCUGGAAGCUAGCAGACAUCGAUUCAGGCGCGACGCAGGAGAGAAUUCGUUCCUGGCUUCUCAAGGCACGGACACGGCUAGCCGAGGUGGCUUCGCCUCUCAUGAAGCCUGGACAGCGGGGGAAGCAUGCUACCGAUAAGGAUCCCGGGGAUAUAGCCAUCGAAGAAGAGAUCUUUAUGGCCUCAGAGCUAACGGUGAAUCGGGACACUUCAGAUGGGUAUCUUUCGUUUGCUGCUGCCAUCUCCAUCGAGCAAUUUGGGAGGAUGAGCGGUUUGACGGGGCGGAAGAUGCAGAAGAUAUUCGAAGCGCUUGCCCCAUCUACCACUAGGAAUUACGGUAGGAGCUUGCUAGAGUAUUGCUGCUUUAGGUACUUAUCCCGGGAUAGCUCCGACGUCCAUCCAAAUUUAAAGGAACUAGUAUUUCAGAGGCUUAUUUUUGUGACUAUGCUUGCAUGGGAGGAGCCAUAUACUAAGGAAAAUUCACAAUUUUUGCAAGAUAACUCUUCCUUCCAGGGCCAAGUAAUUGGAGAAGAAGCUUUUGUUCGAAUAGCUCCAACUAUUGCAGGUGUGGCAGACAUAUCAACAGCACACCAUCUCUUUAAGGCACUGGUUGGAGAUGAAGAAGGCAUGUCUUAUAGUUUAUGGACAACAUAUCUUUCUGAACUUUUGAAGGUACAUCAGGCAAGACAAUCAUAUGAAAACAGAGACAAUGUGUUGCCCAAUGAGCAACUUUUGUGCAUUGGCUCAAGCAGGAGGCGGCCUGUUUUAAAAUGGGAGGAUAACAUUGCAUGGCCUGGAAAUCUGACUCUAACUGAUAGGGCAUUAUAUUUUGAGGCCAUUGGACUGACAGGUACUAAAAAAUCAGUGAGAUUGGAACUCAUGCAUCAUGGUUCACGGGUUGAUAAAACAAAAGUUGGACCACUUGGGUCAAAAUUUUUUGAUUCUGCUGUAUCUGUUACUAGUGGCCUCAAUUCAGAAACUUGGAUCCUUGAAUUUAUUGAUUUUGGUGGUGAAAUGAGACGAGACGUUUGGCAUGCUUCCAUUAAUGAAAUUAUCUCAAUGUAUGAGUUUGUACGUGAUUAUGGACCAAGUGAUGAUGACCCAUUAAUUCAUUAUGUAUAUGGUUCUCAUAAAGGAAGGAGACGAGUUAUUAGAAGUACAGCAAACAGUAUAGCAAGGUUACAAUGUCUUCAGUUUAUAAGAAGACUGUCAGAGGAUCCAGCUAAACUGGUGCAGUUCUCAUAUUUACAGACUGUUCCUUAUGGUGAAGUGGUUUUGCAGACUCUAGCUUUAAGUUUUUGGGGUGGGCCACUGAUAACAAAGUUUGAGCGAACAAAUUAUCAACGAGUUGAGUGGAGUAGAUCUGUUGAAGACCUUUCUGAUGUUAGUAUUCAUGUGUUUGACAUAGAUGGAAGUGUGUUCUUGCGCAAGUGGAUGAAAUCACCAAGUUGGUCAGAUAACAUGUCGGUCACCUUCUGGAGGAAUUCUUUAGUUAAACGUGGGAUUGUGUUGGCAAAAAACCUUGUUGUAGGUGAUCUAAGUCUUGUUGAGAGGGCAGCAUUGACAUGCAAAGUGAAAAGUCGAAUAGUGGAGAAGACUCGAGCAACAAUUGAUGCAGCUAUGAUCAAAGGAAUCCCAAGCAAUAUUGAUCUUUUCAAGGAGCUUUUGAUUCCCUUGGUAGUGGUUGCCAAAAAAUUUGACGAGCUUAGGCAGUGGAAGAAGCCACGUUUAACUCUAUCUUUUUUAUUCAUUGUUUAUACCAUUAUUUUCAGAAAUUUAUUGUCUUAUGUGCUCCCGGCAACCAUUGUGACUACGGCUACCACUAUGCUUUUAUUGAAGGGUCUCAAAGAACAAGGGCGUCUAGGAAGAUCUUUUGGUAGAGUAGUAAUACAUGAUCAGCCACCCUCAAAUACAAUCCAGAAAAUAAUUGCUGUAAAGGAUGCCAUGACAUACAUCGAGAACUAUCUUCAGAAUGUUAACAUUGUUCUCCUUAAAAUUAGGACGAUUUUGUUAUCUGGUCAACCUGAGGUGACAUCUGAAAUUGCCAUGGUGCUUCUCGGUUUGGCUAUUAUUCUCCUUGUGAUUCCUUUUAAGUAUAUUCUUGCUUUCGUUAUCUUCGAUCUUUUUACUCGUGAAUUAGACUUCCGAAGGAAAAUGGUUAUCAAAGUCAUGAAGUUUCUAAGAGAAUGGUGGGCUGCUGUUCAUGCGGCACCUGUGGUGGUACUCCCAUAUGAGAGUACUGAUAUGGUUGGAGUCGACAACACUGAUGCAGACAAAACAUAUCGAAAGGAUAUUGGAAAACGGUAAUGCUGCAGCCAUAGUGUAGAAAUGUAUGAAAUAUCAAUAAAUCCAUUGAUAUAUACUAAUAAACAGGCAAGAGGUUCAAUAUAUUUCACAAAUUAUAGUUCUAGGAUAAUUUCAUAUAUAUAUAUAUAGCGCAUAUGCUUCCGACUCC